AGGGAUUCUAAUUUUCUAAAGAGAAAAUAAAUUAAUUUCAGAAAAAUGAAAAUCACUUAAAAAAUAAGAUUACCAAACUAGCUCUAAAUUGUGAAAAACGGGAGUGGCCCGACCGUUUUCAUUGCUCACACUGCUGUCUCCGUUCCAUCCCCUACGAGAUCUGCCCCCUCGCCCUCGCCCUGCUCCAAUCCCCAUCUCCUUGCGGCCCGAUCCACCCUGCUCCAAUCCCCCGGCGAUGGUCGUGUGCAAAUGCCGAAAGGCGACGAGGGUUUACUGCUUCGUCCAUCAGGUCCCCGUCUGUGGCGUGUGCAUAUGCUUCCCGGAACAUCAGCUAUGUGUGGUGAAGAACUAUGCUGAAUGGGUUGUUAAUUCUGAGUAUGACUGGCCACAACACUGUUCGUCUUGCAAUUCUGUUCUCGAAGGUGGAACUGAAGAAACAACACGAUUGGGUUGCUUGCAUGUGGUACACACCAAAUGCUUGAUAUCACAUAUCCAAAGUUUUCCUACCCAAACAGCACCAGAUGGAUACGUCUGCCCCUCCUGUUCUGCACCCAUAUGGCCACCUUCUAGCAUUAAAGAUACAGGUUCGCGCCUUCACACUGAACUGAAAGAAGCGAUAGUCCAGACUGGAAUGGAGAAAAAUGUAUUUGGAAAUCAUUAUGUGACAAUAGCUAAAGCUGAUACUCAGACACCUCCUGCUUUUGCAUCAGAUCCUCUCAAAACUUUAUCCAAUCGUGAUGAUAGAGAAUUUAAUAGUGCAAAUGCAGCUAAAGAUGCUGCUUUGCCAUCAACAUUACAUUCUGGGAUGUACUCUUCUGCUGUAGGAUCUGAGACAACUAUUCAUGUUGAUCCAGAAAUUGUUGAAAUAGAGGGUUCUAGUCCUGUAUCGACCCAAUUUUCAGUGCAGGACUCCAACUUCAUCAGGAGUCCAAGCCCACAUGGGCCUGGUGCUAUGACAAGAAAAGGCGCUAAUACUGUUGAUAGACAAAAUUCUGAGAUUUCUUAUUAUGCUGAUGAUGAAGAUGGAAAUAGGAAAAAGUAUACUAAAAGGGGUACAUUUCGUCACAAAUUUCUAAGGAUGCUGCUGCCGUUCUGGUCCAGUGCACUGCCAACGCUACCAGUCACAGCACCAUCAAAAAAAGAGAGUGAUGCUCUAGAGGGGAGUCGAUCACGCCAUCAGAGAUCAUCAAGAAUGGAUCCCACUAAGAUCUUACUUGCAAUGGCUAUCAUUUCACUAGUAUAAUCAUAAGAUAUGGUGUUGGGGCGAAGGCGAAGACGCCACCCUUCGCUCAUGCCUUCGCCGACGCCACCCUUCGCUCGAUGCCUUCGCCGUCCUCGCUGCAUCAACGGAGACAAGACAACGGGCAGACUCACCCUUCGUCCCGUACGUCACCGGACGAAGACCUGUGACGAGGUCGUCUCAUCUUGCGACCUCGUCCAGCACGGAGGCCCACGUGUGAUCCGGCCCAUUGUAACAGGCCCUGUGUGGCCGCUGCGCAUUACGGGCUUAAUUUGUAAAGGCAUCCCUGUAAUUACGGUCUGUAACCCCGCUUUAUGGGAAUAUUUCGGGGAUAACCUAGGUGUCUGAGGGCACAUGCGUCCUUAACACAGGACGCUGGGCACACAGACACCUAUAAAUACCCCCGCACAGUGCCCUUGAGAGGCUAGAUUAAGAGAGCUAUUGCCAUCUCGUGCAAAAACCUUGUUUGCAUUGCUACACCCCCCGUUGGAUCAAUUUGCAUCGGAGAGCAAGUUCCAACAUAUGGAUAACGGUUACUGAUCUGAAAUGAUGAUGUAAUUGGAGCAGGCAUUAUAGAAGUAUGUAUCUUGUACUCUGAACCAAUAGCAUGUAUUGUAAAAGCUGCAUUCCACAA